GCAGCAUUCAUACAACAACAGCUUUCUCUGGCAGGAUGUGGCCAAGCACCCUGGCUUAACUAGGAAACAAAUUCAUCCUGAAACCCAUUUUAAAAACACUAAGAGGACAUUAUUGCACAGCGUGUAUUUCACCUUGUUGGAUUUUUUUAAAUACUGUAUUUCAACAUUUUUGGGGGGAGCAAUGAUGGCGUGAACUUUGUGUGACCAGUGAUUGGAGCCUGAGUGGUUUUGUCUUUUUUUUCUGUUGUAUUUUUUUGUUUGUUUUUUUGUUUUGUUUUGUUUUUGUUUUAAAGGAAAGGAAAUGCCUACUGUGAGUAGGUACAUAAGUUUUCGCUCAUCAAAGAGAUUUAGCAGCAGCUACCCUGUAGAGAGCGGUGGUGGGCUGCCAGCCAAAGUGAAGAAAGGCAAGAGCAGCAAUGGCAGUAUUAAGAAGAAGGUGGAGUCCAGGAAAGCCCUCAGUCUGGAGGAGGCCCAGCUGGAGAUCCAGUUGCAGCACAAGACACUUACCAGGCAAAUGGCAAUCAGGUCGCAGACCUUUGAUGUUGACAGCAGAGGCUUUGAGAGGACAGAGGGCAGCGGCACCCAAAGUAGUUUCAUUAAGCACAACAAGACAUUCCACAAGCUUUUUCCAGACAUUCCAGAGAGUGAGGACUUGAUCCAUGCAUACAUCUGUGCCCUGCAGAAGGAAGUGCCCUACCAUGGCCGGCUUUACAUCACGCACCGCCACGCCUGUUUCUACUCCUCAGUUCUGCUGAAGGACACCCGGGUGGUGAUUCCUGUUUCCAGCAUCCACAUAGUGAAGAAGCAGAACAUGGCCUUGCUGGUGCCCAACGCCCUCUCUAUCCGCACCAUGGAAGGAGACAAGUUCCUGUUUGUGUCUCUGCGGAACAGAGAGGCUUGUUAUCAGCUGCUGCGCUCAGUGUGUCCUCAGCUAGAGGACGGCAGCACCAACAGCAGCCCCAUCUUCUCCUCAGCUGAGAAUAGCUUCGAUAAGAGCAAAGUAGUGAACUCCAGCCAGUCCAGCCUGGACGACAGCUUCGACCAGUAUGACGGCUCUGACCAGCAAUCACUGCUGGAUCCUCCUCUGCACAAGCCACACAGAGAGCCAGUGCCUAAGGGAAAUGGCUCUUCUUUCAGGAGCCUGCACACACAGCACAGCAAUAGCUCAUCCUCAGAGGAGUUGUCAGUGUCAGGUGGAUCGUGGGUCUGGAAUGUGACGGAAAAGGCCAGGUCCCUGCUGGUUCAGAGAGAGACCAACACCCUCAACAUCCUCCUCUUCAUCUACCUGAUUUUGGUCGUGCUGCUGCUGCUGUCUUCAGGUUACAUCGGCCUGCGGAUCGUGGCUCUGGAGGAACAACUGACAUCCCUAGGCGCCCUGCCCGAGUUCGCCCUACAGAGCGGGUAUCAAGACACAUAACCCUGAUUGACUGAAGGAGAGAUUGGUUGACUCAUGAUUGGAGGAUGUUUUUGGCCUCUCCCCAGCAGAACCCAACGGGAGAAUUUCACUCUGCUCAGACUGUACUCCCCACACGGCCCAAGGUGUUGCCCAGAGGAAGAACUGUGCAAUUUUGGAGACAACUUGCUAACUUGAAACUGCAGGCCAACAUGAAGGGCUAUACCUCCUCCUAGUGCAGUAGACAAAGGACAUGCCACGACUUGGUCACAAGCCAACACGCACACUGCCUGGCUGCAGCGUGUCUCUGUGCUCGAAAACCAAAGCCAAACGGCUCACACUUAAUGAGGUGCCACGCUGCCAAGUUGAGCGCUUGUCUGACAAAAAAACUGUUCCUUCAUCUGUGAACUUCUGUUAUCCAUCUUCUCUUCCCUGAGCAUGCGGUGGGAACAGGGCUACACCAAUCAGCCUGCUGUAGUGCUUUUAUUCACUGCACCUCAACAACCGAAGACCGUGUGCUAUGCAUAGCCAAAGAUGCACACAGUGCACGUCUUUUGCAUGAGACGGCUUUUUACCGCUUUUCUGUCUCCGGUUUACCCUCCCAUCUAUCUGUCAUAUUUGGUCAGGGGUACAUUCAAAUCAGAUGUUUUAAUCUUUUCCAUUCAGUAACUGCUAGGUACUUCUCUUUGAAUGGUUCUAAUCUACCUAAUCAGCUGUGGGCUGAAAUGACGACAGCUGAAAUCUCAAAUUCAGAUCAGCCCACUGAGACGGCCAUGCCGAACUCUCCUGAUGGUCUCAUCCUCUCUCCCUCUCUUCACCACUCUUCUUUUGCAGUAUUAAUUCCCCAGCAUUUGGCAUGAUUUAAACCUGUUUAAUGAUCAAUGCUCUGUGGUUAUUUUCUCCUCCAGUCUCAACUGGAUUUAACACAUCAUUGUUGCACAAAUACUUACCGUGCAUAAAAGAGGUAAUCUCGUAGGUGUCUCGUCUUUAAGUGUAGGUAUUUUCUAUUACUUUGGUCACGAAAGGUAGAUUUGAUGUAUGGAUAAUCUGCCUGGUUCAGAUAUCUGUCAGUGUACUGUCUACCAGGAAAAGAAAUGAUGACCAACAUGUGUUGAAGUAAACAAAAGUAUGCACCGCUCGUCCUUGACAGGCCUCUCAAGGACCAAGCAGCAUUUUCUAGAUGUUUCAGGUGAUUUAAAGUAGCACCAAUGCAUUUGUAAUGUUUAUGCAUGUGUCUAGAACAGCGACACUUGACUGAUAUAUGCACUCUCAUUCUAGUCACCUUAAGAGGAGAAUACAAACUUUUUAAAACUACCAAAACCACACUGUUACUGUAAGGUCCAAGUUUCAACAGCAACAAAGUAGUGGUCCAAAAAAAGUUCAAUAUGCAACAAGUGAUUAUGCAUGGAAAAAAAAGUAGUUUUUUGUUGAUUUCUUUUUCUGUUUUAAAUGGUGUUUGUCUGAUUGUGGUGAGGAAAUUGUGUAGAAAAAAGAAGAGUGAGAGUGAAAGGAACAGCUCAAUAGAGCGAACGCACUUUACAAAAGGAUGUGUUGUGCCUUUCACAAUCCAAAGACAUUACAUUUGGAUUGAGAAAGAAGGGCAAAGCCGGCGUUCUGUGGUAUCUGAAGGUGCUAAGACCUUGACCUUUCUCGUUUUUUGUUUUUUUGUUUUGUUUUUUUUAUCCUUUUCACUCAGGGGUGGUGGGCACUGCCUGCCACAUAGUUUUAGGUUCACGACUCUUGGCGCUUUCCUUAUGUCAUUUCAAACUGUAGUGCUUGGGAUGGGGUUCACCUACAUCUCUGGGUUUCUCAGUUGUCUCAACGAGCAAAUGAUCUUCACUUUUUGAGAAUCACUUAUGUGACUUUAACUUUUGUCAGUCUCCUUGAUUGAUGUAACUGUAUUCAGCUUCUCAGAACGCUUGCCUUUUCAUUUUCCCCUCUCCUUGACCCUUUUUUAAACUGAACGAUGCAUAUCCACACCACAUCUCAAUGACUUAACAUCACCCUCGUCAUGGAAGCUCUCACAAUCUGUUUUGACAAGGUGUAGCAAGUGCUGGUGUGACUUGUGCUACUCCCUGUCCAAGCUAAGAUCUCUGUCAACAUGCCAUAAACAGUGCUGUCAGUUCUCAUGAACCCCCACCAGGGGGCAGCACAAACAAAUCCACUGUCCUCGAAAAGGAUUCAAUGCAACAACCUCAGUGAUGAGGGCAGCAGUUGUGUGGUUUUGCACUAUUCAAAGUGUUGUAAAUAAUUUUUGUAUCAAUUGUUAAUGUCCUUAAUUCUACUAUGGUCCCAUAUAUAUAUUUAUUUGCAUUCUGUGUAAUUCAAAGUAGUCUCUGUGAGAUGGCUUUGCUAUUGUUCAAAAUAAAUCAACUGUUGCAAAGUA